AUGCCGGUGUGGUUUAUUGAUCGACACCCCAUGAGGGUGUUUAAGUGGACUCCGGAAUUUGACCCUUUCUUUGAGUCCCCUAUCGCGGCUGUGUGGUGUAAUCUGGUUGGGUUGCCGAUCCACCUUUUUGAGAAAUCUGCCUUAUUUGCUAUUGGUAGCCUUUUGGGGGAUCCUAUUCAAGUGGAUCAUGCUACUAUCACUCAAUCCAGGCUCUCGUUUGCUAGAUUAUGCAUUGAGAAAGAUAUUUCGAAGGCACCAAUGGAGGAAAUCAUUUUAGACCUCCAAGGGAGAGAGGUCAGGCAAUCUGUUAAAUGGGACCGGAUUCCUCUGUAUUGUCAUGACUGCAAGCACGUGGGCCAUUCCAGUGAUGUCUGCUAUGCAAGUGGGCAGAGACCGAAGCCGAUGAGAAGGGACUUCCCUUACCAUGAAGAGAAGAAGAGGGAGAUUGGGGAUGAAAAGGCUGGAAAGAAAAAGGGAGGUGAGGAUGGAGGUUCUGGCAGGGAGUGUGAUACGACUCAAGAUGUUGGCCCAACUAUAUCCUCUGGUGUUCUGGGUGUCAAGGGGGGUACCGAUCUUGAUCAGGUUCGUGAUGAUGGUCAACCAGAGGCAUCCUUACUUGGAGUGGGUGGCAAAGAGGCUGAGGGAGAAUUCAUCUCUCCAAGAAGAAGGCAGGGUAAGAAGGACAAGGUUGGUAAGGGUAGAAGGGCUAUUUCAUUAGAAAGGGAGCAGAAAGGGCCAGUUGUGGCUUCCAGAGAAGGUGGAAGCAGGGCUUCAUCCCCAAAUCGAUUGGGAAACAGGUUCACUCCUUUACAUAUUGAGGAGGGGUUGCCUGUGGUGUUAGGGAAGUAUGUCUCCUCUAGCAUCCCUAAUGGGGACUUUGAUACGGGGGAGUAUGAAGAUGAAAAAGAUUGGGACAUGGAUGAUGAGCCGGAUGGGGAUCCUGGGAGUUCGCGGAAGAGUAUCCUUGAAAAAAGGGGUCAGGUUUCUGAACAGGGAACAGGACAAGAAGAUGACAGUAAGAUGAAAAAGGGGAUUGAGGUGGACGAAUGGGAUGAUUCGGAGCAAAUCCUGCAUGCUCGCUGUGUCUCAACAAUGUUGCCAACUCCUUUCUUUAUUUCUGUGGCUUAUGGAAAAUGUUCGAGAAUUGGAAGAACUCCGACGUGGAACAAACUUAGGAGCAUAGCGGUGAGAAUGGACGGGUUCCUGUGGCUUGUUGGAGGGGACUUCAACAUCUUUGUUUCGGAAGAUGAAAGACAAGGUAGUAGUAAUAACAGAACGAGGGAGAUGCUGGAAUUUGCGGAGACAAUAGGUGAUUGUCAACUGUUGGAUGUAGGGGCUGAUGGACCUAGGUUCACAUGGUCGAGAGGAGAGAUCUUUGAGAGGCUUGAUAGAGUGCUUCUUGGUGAGGGGUGGGCGAAUCUGUUUGAAGCAACUAGAGUAACUAAUCUGCCGAGAAUCCUCUCGGAUCAUUGUCCGCUUCUUAUCUCAUGCAGGCUGCCGGGAAUAAGAGUAAGACCCCCGUUCCGUUUUCAGAAUAUGUGGGUAAGGCACCAUGCCUUCUUGAAUGAGGUGAACAGAAGUUGGAAGGAGAGUACAGGGACGUCAGGGCUGGUGAAUGUUCAAAUAAAGCUUAGUAGACUAAAGAAAUGCUUGAGAAUAUGGAACAAUGUGGUGUUCGGAAAUAUUUUUGAAAACUUGAGGAAAUGUGAAAAGGAAGCUCAAGUCGCGAUCCUGAAUUAUGAACAAGAGCCUUCGCCUCUUUUUAGAAAGGAAAUGCAUAGGACAGCAGCCGAGUAUCUGCUUUGUCUAAAAAUAGAGGAGGAUUUUUGGCGGCAAAAGGCGGCGGUGAAAUGGGUGGCAGAAGGUGAAAGGAACUCUAAAUUCUUUCAAUGGUGGGUCAAACAGAGAAGAACAAGGGCAAGAAUCCAUAUGAUAGAAAAUGACAAUGGAAUUCUGUCUGAGGAAUCUGAUAUUCGGGCCUCGGCUGUUAAGUUUUUUGAGGGGUUGCUGACCUCAGAGGCUGGUCUUUUAGAUGAACCCAACCUAGAUAUUCUUGACUCGCUACCUUCUGAGGUUGACAUGAGAACUCUUGAGAGGUCUCCGUUUGAAGAAGAGAUCAGAAAGGUGGUCUUUGAGAUAAACGCUGAUAGUGCCUCGGGUCCAGAUGGGUACUCUGCCCUAUGCUUUCAGGCUUGCUGGGAGAUAAUGAGAAAAGAUGUGGUGGAGGCAGUGGCUGACUUCUUUGCAGGGGCUAGCAUUCCAAGAGGAAUUGCAGCAACAAUGAUUGUGCUUAUCCCUAAAAAGAAGAAUCCAUCUAAAUGGUCGGAAUUUAGGCCUAUAAGCUUGUGCAAUGUGAUGAACAAAAUCAUAUCCAAGCUCCUCUCUUCAAGAAUGGCUCCCUUGGUGCCAAUGGUUACUGUUCCGAAUCAAAGCGGUUUCAUUAAAGGGCGCCUGAUUAGCGAUAAUGUCCUGUUGGCUAAAGAACUUUUCUAUGAAAUAUGGAAGGGGAUCUCAGCCCCUAAUAUGGUGUUGAAGCUAGAUAUGGAGAAAGCCUAUGACAGAGUCCAAUGGCCGUUUCUCUUAAAGAUCUUGAAGAGGAUGGGCUUCUCGGAUAAAUGGGUGUCCCUCAUUGAGCGGUGCAUUUCUCCCUGCUGGUUCUCUAUUCUUAUUAAUGGCUGCCCGGCAGGUUUUUUUAAAUCUUCGCGCGGAUUGAGGCAGGGUGAUCCCAUCUCCCCCACUCUAUUUAUCUUGGCGGCAGACUACUUAUCGAGACUCUUGGAUCGGCUUAUUUUGGGGAAAGAGGAUAUGAUGUACCGAACAACCAGGUAUUCCUUUGGUGUUUCACAUUUGGCAUAUGCGGAUGAUAUCAUAAUUUUUUCGCAGGCUCAGAGGUCGACCAUUCUGAAGAUUUCAGAGUGUCUUAGUCACUAUAUGGCGGUCUCGGGGCAGAGGGUGAAUGUAGGGAAAAGUUGCUUCUUUAUUGAUGAAAAAUUUGAGUCCUGGGCUGCAGAGAUCACAGAGGCUAGUGGGUAUCAGCAGGGGAAAUUACCUUUCACAUAUUUAGGUGUCCCUAUAUACCGUGGCCGCAAACGCACUAACUUGUUUAUGUUCAUUCGAGACAGAAUCUCUGAGAGGAUUUACUGUUGGAGCCACAGACAUCUAUCCUUUGGGGGUCGGCUGACUCUGAUAAAAAGUGUGCUUGGAGCAAUCCCAAUUCAUAUCUUUCAAACAUUGGAGCCCACAAAGGGGGCUUUGAAGAAGAUUGAACAGGUCCUUGCAAGAUUUCUAUGGGGAUCAUGCUAUACGACAAACAAGACUCACUGGAUCAAAUGGGAGAGAGUUUGUUUGCCAACGGAGGAAGGAGGCCUUGGGAUCAGGCGCUUGGCAGAUGUAGUGGAGUCCUUUAGUAUCAAAUUGUGGUGGAGAUUUCAAGAACAGGAAUCCAUGUGGGCGAGUUAUAUGCGGUGUAAGUAUUGCUCUUUUUCCUUUCCACCGGUGUUGACUAAGUCCAAAAGGUUUAGCCCGGUGUGGAGAAGAAUGUUCAAGGCAGGACAGAAGACCCGGGGCUUUGUUAGAUGGAUCCUAGGUGAGGGGAGGAUCUGUUUCUGGUACGAUACCUGGCUCUCGGAUGCCCCAUUAGCUUGUCAUGUGGGGGAGGGAACGGUGGUGCAGCCGCAGAAGGUGAGUGACUUCUGGUGUGGAGAUCAGUGGGAUGAGGAGGAGUUGUGGCAGCUGAAUGAAGAGCAGGGCGUGCCAGCGGAGGUGAUUGAGCAGAUACUGCAGACUCCUUUCGAUAGAGGGGAGAAAGAUAGAGGUAGAUGGGACCCCUCGGCGAAUGGGAACUUCUCGGUGUCUUCGGCGUGGGAUCUGAUCAGAUGCAGGGCAGAGAAAAAGGAGGCAUUUAAAGUCAUUUGGAAUAAGUGCCUCAUGCCGUCAAUUUCGUUCUUUCUUUGGAGGCUUUUGGCCAAUCGAGUCCCAGUUGAUAUGAAACUUCAAUGGAGGGGAGUAUCUCUGGCCUCGAAGUGUAGAUGCUGCAAUAAGCCGAAUGAGGAAUCAAGAUUGCACUUGUUUGUCAACGGGGAGGCAGCAAGAAGGGUAUGGAGCCAUUUCGCUAAGUGGUUCCCUCAAGCACCUGAGUUUGCAGAGGAAGGAGUCAAUAUUGACGCCCAGAUUCGGUGGUGGCAAAGAUAUACGCGGAUCCGCCAGACUUGUCAUGUCUGUUUAAUCGUUCCUUGCCUCAUUUUAUGGUUCAUCUGGACGGAGAGAAACGAUUGUGUCCACAGAGAAAAGAAAUUCUUGGUGGAAUCUGUGAUCAAGAAGGUGGAAUUUUAUUUGAGAAAACUGGUGCUGUCAAAAUUGUUGGGGCCGGAACAGUGGAGUGACUGCUGCCCUGGAGAAGAGUUUCAGGCAGUUUCGUUUGGCAGGGGCCGGCUGAGGAAAGUCGGGAGGGUCAUGUGGAAACCACCAUAUCCAGGCUGGCUAAAACUAAACACGGACGGAGCCUUUCAAUCUUCAUCGCGGUCUGCAGGGGGAGGGGGAGUCCUGCGCAACCAUUUAGGGGACAUUGUGGCAGCUUUUGCAGCAAAUGUAGGGGCGGAUUCGGGGCUGGAGGCAGAAAUGGCAGCGAUCUUGAUAGGUAUUUCCUUGGCCAAGCUCCACGGCGAUCACAUUUGGUUGGAAUCAGAUGCAGAGCUGAUAGUGGGCUGGAUCAACUCCGCACAGCUUGGCGCAGGGAGUGCGCGUCACACGUUGGCUAAGAUUAGGGCUGAAUUACGGGGCAUUAGUUGGAAAGUGUCUUACAUUCCGAGAGAAGGUAAUAUGGCGGCUGAUUUUUUGGCAAACUUUGGGAGAGGGGUCUCGGAUACGCGGAUCUUCAACAGGGGCUCAGUGCCUGCGAGGGUAAAGGCUUUUUGUAGUUUGGAUAGUUUAGGGAUGCCUAGCUUCAGAUUUUGA